AUGGUGGAUCUAGUGGUCGCUAUCCACACGGUGGUCAAGGGCGUGAGCGCCAUCGCGGACAAGGUCGUGGCAGAAGAGGAACACCCCGCUGUCAGAUAUGCAGAUCGCACGGGCACACCGCCAUCUACUGCUACAAGCGGUUCCAAGACCGACGUCUCUUUGUUUCACUACUCGGCUAGUACCUCGCAUGUCUUCCUAUUAGUCUAUGUAGACGACAUUAUCAUGAUGGGCGACAACUCAACCUUAAUUGAUGCGCUGCUGCGUCGUCUCUCCUCCACCUUUAAGAUUCGAGACCUCGGCACGCCCAACUUUUUCCUUGGGAUUGAGAUGCUACCUGUCAAGGAGGGCCUACUACUCUUUCAGCGGCGGUAUAUGGGAGAUCUUCUCACUCGGGCCGGUAUGUCUGACUGCAAACCUAUAGCAACUCCGGCAUCUAUCACGCACGCUGUUGUGCCCAACGUGGAACUAUUCGACAAUCCUACUCAGUACAAGCGCCUAGCCGGGGCGCUACAAUACUUGACCAUCACUCUGCCAGACUUAUCCUACGUGGUCAAUCGGUUAUAUCAGUUCCUGCAUGCCCCGACCACUGAACAUUGGGGGCUCUUGAAGCGUGUUCUUGGGUAUGUCAAGGGCACACUUGACUACGGACUUCGCCUGUCAGUUUCCGCGUCUUGUGACAUUCAUGCUUUUUCGGACACUGACUAG